AUGCCUUGUGAAGAUUUCAUCGACGUCAGUGUGCACGUCGACGGCGCGCCGUUGGCAGAAUAUGCUGACCCCGAAGCCGCGGACUCCAAGAACGCCACCAAGUUCGCAACGACGCGCUAUGUAGAAGUCAAAGCAGGUCAAAAGUUCGCGGUUCAUGUCAAGUUGCUUCCUGGGUUCAAAUUCCACUCCGCCACGCACCUUCGUGCCGCCCUUUACAUCGACCAGGAGUCGCGAGCCACGACCAAGACAAUCAAACUCCCGCCAAACUGUCCUGUUCAUGCAAAUGUCCUGCGGACGGAGAGAGAGUGUCAGAUUGAGAGCCGCCUGAUGCUGGACGAGACAACUGGAACUUGGUCUACCUAUGACCUGCAAUUUGGAGAUCUGGCUGUCAAAGAUGAUUGGUUCUUGUCGGAUGAUGAAAUAGAGUCGGGCGACUUCUCAUCUCUGGGAACCCUUCAUGUCAAAGUUUUCAGAGCCACCAAGGUCUUGCGACACCAGCCUUUCACAUACACGGCCAACUUGAAGAAGCCUUUGGACGAGGUCUCAGAGACAGCCUUGAAGGGAAGAGACGUCAGCAACAACGUCAAAUACGUCGUCAAAACAACCGCUCCCCCUCCACGACCGGGUCUCUGGAAUUAUUAUCCCCUCGAUGACUGGCGUGGUUCCCCGUAUGAGUUCGUCUUUCACUACCGAAACAGACGCGUUCUGCAGACCCUCGGAUGUAUCCCCAGGACCCCGUCGCCCCCUCCCAACCUUGCUGUUAAGCUCGAACGCACGGAAGAGAAGCCGAAGAUGAAGAAGGAGAAUUCCCAGAAGCAAAUCUCGGAGUCGCAGGUGAGGCUCGGUUGGGCUGAAUGUGGCAAUUGUGGAAAUGGGGAUGUUGGCACAAACGUCAUUCCGGCAAAGCGCACCUGGGACGAGACCAAACUUGAGGAUGACCAUGAUCAGGAAGAGGACGUAAAGCUGGCCCUUGUCCCGAUCCAUAAGCGGGUUGUUAUCGACCUUACCAAUGAUUGA